UUCCGCCAUGACUGUUAUUUAGCAAGAUGUUCAUCUUACUGCUGAAGCUUGGGCCACCUUUGGUUUCACCUGUAGAUCUUAGAUUAGAUGACGUCAUUUCAAGACGUCUUUUGGUUGGCCAGCUGUGAACUUCAUGAAAAGGAGAAAACGUUAAAUAGCGUGAAAACUCAACAAAUUUUUAUAUUCUUCGGCGACAAUGAUAUCUGCGGUGAGCUUUUUUAUUUUCCUUACUUCGACGAUUCUCCAUAUCUUCGUCACCUCCGCUGCAUCUGGACCUAAUAUCUUAUUUGUUUUUGUGGAUGAUCUUGGAUGGAGUGAUGUAGGCUUCCAUGGUUCGAAAAUUCAAACCCCAAAUGUUGACAAAUUGGCUAAGGAAGGAGUAAUUCUGGAUAAUUACUACGUCCAACCUAUGUGCUCUCCAUCCAGAGCAGCAUUGAUGUCUGGAAAAUACCCGAUUCACCUUGGAAUGCAGCAUGGAGUUAUUCGUAGUGAGUCUCCAUUUGGUCUGCCGUUAAAUAUCACCACACUGCCCCAAAAGCUCAAGGAAGUUGGAUACAGCACCCAUAUGGUAGGCAAGUGGCAUCUUGGUUUCUACAACUGGGACAGUACUCCUACCUACCGAGGUUUUGAUACCUUUUAUGGAUUUUACAAUGGCGAUGAGGAUCAUUACACACAUGUUGUUGAUGAUUUUCUUGAUUUCAGAGACAAUGAAGAAAUUGUCAGGGAUAUGAAUGGGACAUACUCUGUUAAUGCUUUUACAGAGCGAGCUGAGCAUGUCGUCAAAUCACAUGAUGCAUCAAAUGGUCCUCUUUUCCUUUACAUGGCAUUCCAAAAUGUCCACUCUCCAGUCCAAGCUCCUAAACAAUAUGUAGAUAAGUACUCCUUUAUAGACGACACAAUAAGACAGACUUAUGCUGGGAUGGUGGAUAUCAUGGAUGAAGCAGUUGGUAAUAUAACAGGCGCUUUUAAAGAAGCAGGGUUAUGGGACAACACCUUGAUGAUCUUCAGUACUGACAAUGGAGGGGUCCCAAAACAUGGUGGAUAUGACUACCCCCUGAGAGGACGUAAGGGCACUCUGUGGGAAGGAGGAAUCAGAGGGGUGGGGUUCGUACAUGGAAAAAUGCUGUCUAGAAGUGGGGUGAAAUCUACUGGGCUGAUUCACGUGACUGACUGGUACCCAACAUUGGUUAAUCUUGCUGGUGGUCAACUUAAUCACGAAGAUCAGCCCCUCGACGGUUAUGAUGUUUGGAAAACCAUUUCAAAUGGUGAGGCCUCUCCACGCACAGAGAUCCUUCACAAUAUAGACAUUCCCAUUUUCCCCGACGAUGAACUCGGUUUUGCGUAUCAAGGUAUUGGUCUUCGUGUAGGAGACAUGAAACUUUUGAUGGGAGUUCCCAAUAUCUCAUACUUUAUCCCUCCGGAAGAGAAGAAUUCUUCUAAAGUGGACUCGCUGACCGACUUGCUACAGGAUGCGAAAGAUUCCUCAGAUGCCACCAUCAAUGUUGCACUGUACAACAUCACUGCUGACCCGUAUGAGAAGAAUGACCUCAGCAAAAAAUGCCCAGAGGAGGUGAAGGAGCUUCAAGAUCGAUUGAAGUAUUACAUGAAGGGUUUAGUGCCGCCUCCUAAUGAGCCACCCGACCCAGAGGCAAGGAGAGUAGCGAUGGAGAAUGACGCUUGGACUCCAUGGAUGUGAAAAGACAAGCAAAUGGAACGACAAAUGCUGAUAAUUAUGAACAUGAUCCUUACUCUGAACACAAUAAUUUUCAGUGCUUAAAAUAGAAGCGAGGCUUGAUUUACAAACAAUCAUGUGAUAAAAGUAAAUUUACACAAAAUUUGCUCGUGAAAAAAUCUCUUUAUUAUGAAGGAAUAACGAGGGGAAUAAUUUUAAUACAAGGAAUAAUAAUAGGGAAUAAUUAAGGAAUUUCAUUAAGGAUCAAUUUAGAGGUUGGCCCAAGUUUCGUAGAGCAUAGUCUAUUGAUAAGUGUACUUGUAAUUCGGCCAAUAGCACAUAAAACACCAACUCGAAUUGACAAUUGAAAAGAUGAGUUUUCUUUGACUAAGCUUCUUAUGUCAAAUAAAAUAUAACAGUUUUCAAAUUGCUUAAGAAUCCAGCAUUCAGCAAGAGGGACAAAACAAGACUGGAGGAAGGGAAGGGAGGCAAGGAGAAAAUAAAAGACUAAACCGUUCAUGUAUGGUGCUGUUUUUUGUGAAUUUUCUUACUGAUUGCUUAUUGGUUAAUUUAACCUCAAAAGAACUAGAGAACAGUUCUGAUGUAAAAUAAACUGU